AUGCAGCCUCCAUGCAUCCGCAGAGAGGUUCUGUUUUCUCCUUCUUUAUCCUGGAUUCAAUGCAGUGACUCCCAGUAUUUCAUCUAUGAAAAAAUUCUAGUACAUGGGAAUCAGGAUGAAAAGAUGGCAGCCAUUCUGUUACCAACGGGUCAUGAUGCCUUGCGCCGGUUCACUCGCGAAUCCCUGGCUGCCAUGGAGCAGCGGAUCUCGCAGGAGCAGAACAAAAAGGCCAAACUCUGUGUCGAGGCCAAGAAAAACACUGAGCCUCUCAAACCCAGGGCAGAUCUGGAGGUGGGCAAACAACUGCCCCGCAUCUACGGAGACAUCCCACCAAACCUGGUCGGUGUGCCACUGGAGGAUAUCGACCCAUACUACAGGAACCAGAGGACAUUUAUAGUACUUAACAAAGGAAAGGCCAUCUUCAGAUUUAGUGCAACAUCUGCUAUUUAUUUAUUCAGUCCAUUUCACUGCUUGAGAACUAUUGCUAUCAAAGUCCUGUUUAUAAUGUGUACUAUCCUGACCAACUGCUUCUUCAUGGCCAUGUCGGACCCGCCCACGUGGACCAAGUACCUGGAGUAUACCUUCACUGGUAUUUACACAUUUGAGUCUGCAAUAAAAAUAUUUGCAAGAGGCUUUUGUUUAGUGCCCUUCACCUUUCUGAGAGACCCGUGGAACUGGCUGGAUUUCAUUGUUAUUGUUAUGGCGUAUGUGACUGAAUUCAUUGAUCUUGGAAACGUCUCAGCUUUAAGAACCUUUCGAGUCCUACGAGCACUGAAAACCAUCUCUGUGAUCCCUGGCCUGAAGACAAUUGUGGGUGCGCUGAUCCAGUCGGUGAGGAAGUUAGCGGACGUGAUGAUCCUGACCGUCUUCUGCCUCAGUGUCUUUGCCCUGAUCGGCCUGCAGCUCUUCAUGGGGCUCCUGCGGCAGAAGUGUGUCCGGAGCCUGGAACACUGUGUUACCUCCUCCUUAGGUUCUAAUGCCUCCUUUGUGUGUGACAACAAAACCUGGAGCUCCAUCGAGGACUUCCUCACUAGUGAAGAAAAUUUCUACAAAGUGGAGGGAGCUAAGGAUGCCUUAAUUUGUGGAUAUGGAAGUGAUGCAGGGAAGUGUCCAGAUGGAUAUGACUGCCUAAAGAUCGGAAGAAAUCCAAACUAUGGCUACACAAGUUUUGACACAUUUGGUUGGGCUUUUCUGGGUCUCUUUAGGCUCAUGACUCAAGACUAUUGGGAAAAGCUCUUCCACCAGACUCUGCGCUCAGCUGGGAAAACCUACAUGAUCUUCUUUGUGCUGGUCAUAUUCUUGGGCUCCUUCUACCUGGUGAACCUGAUCCUGGCUGUUGUGGCAAUGGCGUAUGAGGAGCAGAACCAGGCCACUAUCGCAGAGGCGUGGCAGAAGGAGAGGGAGUUCCAGCUGGCCUUGGAGCACCUGCGCAGAGAACAAAGAUUGGCAGCAAAAAGACAGGUCCAGGAGGCAGAGGCCAUGAUGUCUCCUCAGCUGUCCCCAUACUCUGUGAAGAUGGAAACCCUGCGCCGUUACAGCACGCGACGGAGGAGAUCCCAUCGGACUUUAUCAGAGGAGGUGGGAGAGGACCCUGCGGGAGACAAUCUAGACUUACCAGACGAGCUUAUGCUUCCGAUAUCCCCAAUGCCAGCACAUCCACUGCUGGCCACACUGUCGUCCCAUCCCCUCAGCACCAGGCGCAGCAGCCAGGCCAGCAUCUUCAGCACAUUCAGAGCCCGCAACAAUUCAGAGGCAGACUAUGGAGAUGACGAACACAGUAACUAUGGUGACUUCAGAAGUCGAACCAACUCCAGCGCCACUCCCUGGAAACGCAGGGCAAGCAGCAACGGAGCCUCAGCCAUUGGACUGCAGAGCCCCAAAUCCAUAUCAGCCUUCAGCAUGGAGAGGAUCAAGGAAGACACAUCCCAGUGUACGGAGGAGACUUUAGUCAGAGGUCUUCACCCGUCGCCCUCCAUGACUGAGCCCCCUCGAGCACAGAGGAAGAGAGGGCUGAGCUCCGUCAGCUUCUUCAGCGACGUCAUGGACGAGCUUGAGGAGUCUCGACAGAAGUGUCAUCCUCGCUGGUAUGUAUUUGCUAAAAAGUACCUGAUCUGGGAAUGCUGCCCCUGGUGGCUGAAGAUCAAACAGUGCGUGAAGUUGAUGGUGAUGGAUCCUUUCUUGGACUUGGGCAUCACCAUCUGUAUUGUCCUCAACACGCUGUUCAUGGCUCUGGAGCACUACCCUAUGACCGAUGAGUUCAAUGCCAUGCUGUCAGUGGGAAACCUGGUGUUUACAACCAUCUUUACAGCAGAGAUGGUGCUAAAGCUCAUUGCUCUGGACCCUUACUAUUACUUUCAACAAGGCUGGAACAUUUUUGACGGGAUCAUUGUGUGCCUCAGUCUGAUGGAGCUGGGGCUGUCCAAUGUAGAAGGGCUGUCUGUGCUGCGCUCCUUCAGAUUGUUACGCGUCUUCAAGUUGGCGAAGUCCUGGCCCACCCUGAACACUCUCAUUAAGAUCAUCGGAAACUCUGUGGGUGCUUUGGGGAACCUAACUCUGGUGCUGGCCAUCAUCGUCUUCAUCUUUGCAGUGGUGGGGAUGCAGCUGUUCGGGAAGAAUUACCAGGAUUGUGUGUGUAAGAUCUCCUUUGACUGCCAGAUGCCGCGCUGGCACAUGAAGGACUUCUUUCACUCGUUUCUCAUUGUAUUUCGAGUUCUCUGUGGAGAGUGGAUCGAGACCAUGUGGGACUGUAUGGAGGUGGCAGGACAGCCUCUCUGCAUCUUGGUCUUCAUGCUGGUCAUGGUCAUUGGAAAUCUGGUGUGUCCGUUGGGCCAAUGGCAUGUGGUGCAGCAACAAAGUCUGUCCUCCUCUUUCGGUUAG